CAGCAGCAGGCGGGAGUUGGCGGCGGCGGCGGCGGCAAAGACGAGAAGACAAGAGAAGGCAGGCCGGCGAGCGAGGCGGUCGUCCGGCUGGGCACGGAGCCCGCAAGCGCGAAGCCUCCCUCGUCCCACACACGCCCACCGCGCAACCUCACCGCUCAGGCAGCUAAGCCCACCGCCGGCACCCCGAGCGUCGGCUCCGGCCGCCCGCCCCGCCCCGCCCCGCCCCGCCCCGCCGGCCGCGGCCGUGCUGGUGGCGGCAACCCCGGGAGGAGCUCCGGCGCCCGUUUCCUCCGAUUCUCGGGAUUUGAAGAUGGCUGCACAGUCAGCGCCGAAAGUUGUGCUAAAAAGCACCACCAAGAUGUCUCUAAAUGAGCGCUUCACUAAUAUGCUGAAGAGCAAACAGCCGAUGCCAGUGAACAUUCGCGCGUCGAUGCAGCAGCAGCAGCAGCUAGCCAGUGCCAGAAACAGGAGACUGGCCCAGCAGAUGGAGAAUAGACCCUCUGUCCAGGCAGCAUUAAAGCUGAAGCAGAUCCCGUUGAAUUUCUUUUUUGAUCUCAAUCCUCAACACCUUUUCUUCCAGAAGAGCUUAAAGCAGCGCCUGGGUAAGAGUAACAUCCAGGCACGUUUAGGCCGACCCAUAGGUGCCCUGGCCAGGGGAGCGCUUGGAGGACGAGGAGGCCUGCCCAUAGUCCAAAGAGGCUUACCCAGAGGGGCACUACGUGGAGGAAGAGCCACCAGAGCCCUCCUGAGGGGUGGAAUGUCCCUCCGAGGUCAAAACCUGCUCCGAGGUGGACGAGCCGUAGCUCCCCGAAUGGGCUUAAGAAGAGGUGGUGUUCGAGGUCGUGGAGGUCCUGGGAGAGGGGGCCUAGGGCGUGGAGCUAUGGGUCGUGGAGGAAUCGGUGGUAGAGGUCGGGGUAUGAUAGGUCGGGGAAGAGGGGGCUUUGGAGGCAGAGGCCGUGGCCGUGGCCGAGGGAGAGGAGCCCUCACUCGCCCUGUGUUGACCAAGGAGCAGCUGGACAACCAGUUGGAUGCGUACAUGUCAAAAACUAAAGGACACCUGGAUGCCGAGUUGGACGCCUACAUGGCGCAGACAGAUCCUGAAGCCAACGAUUGAAGCAUGUAUGCCAGCCCUCCUGUGAGAGACUCUUGUUAAAGUCACCACAUCCAAAACAACCUCGACAUAACAGAUGAGAAGAACCCUGACUGAGGCUGGAGGACCUGUCACAAUAGGCUGUGGACUCAACUUGCCACCAGUUUGUGCAUUUAGUCUGUUCUUUUACUUUGUGAUACUGUGUUGUAUGAAACCCUUUUCUUUGAUUUGAUUGAGUUUGUUGGUCGUUCCUUCCCCCCCCCCCCCCCCCCCCCCCCCGGCACCCAGACUUCUUUUUGAAUAGGAAUAUACUGGCCUUAUAGGUUGAACACUUCCAACACCUGCCAUGCUCUGACAUUCUAAUAUUUCCUCUUUUUAUCUCUGUUCCUCCACAAAAAAAAGUCCCAGAAAGAGCCAGUGUUGCUUCCUAAUGCUGGUUUCUGGGGUAGAAUUCUGUUGUGUGUCCUCUUUAAUAGCUCUGGAAAUGUUCAAAUUUGGAUCUCCAAGCUGUAUUCUGCUGUGAUAGUGUAGGUAGUGAAUUGGGAGUGUUGAUAUUGCUACAGGGCCACAGGACGAGUUACACAUGGUGGCCACUUAGAUUUAAUGGACGUUGGUACCAUCCACACCACAUAAUGGGACCCAGCAGUAAGCUUUCUUUGUGUCCGAGGGGUCUGGGUGGCUCAUACCUGCGUGGUAAAGGCAGAUGUGGAAGAAGGGGUGUGGUGGAGAAAUGGUGGCAGACAGGGCCUCUGGGAGGGGCCAGAGGUUACCGAUGCUGGAAUGCAGUUAUCUUGGUGUUUGCCCAAAGCCAGUCUUGGUGUAAUCCACAUGGUUUCUUUGACCUCUAUCCCUUGAAAGUUUAAGUUCAACUAUUUUGUCAGCUGUUCCAGUUUCAGUGGAAUCUUGUAUUUCAGGUUCAUUAUAACAAAUUGUUCUCUCAAAUUCAA